AUGCAAGAACUGACGGCUCAAGAGCUGAAUGCUAUCCGAUCGCAUGACGCAUCACCAUCACAUCGCGAACAGCAGAAGAAGGAAGCAGAUUGCGCGCAAGAGUGGGCCUUCACGUGUAGUGUUUUCCGGAAGUAUCAGCCUAAACAUGAAUCGGUUUGA